AUGCGCCACCUCACCCCUCAGCACCUCUGGAUUUUGCUAGCAAGCACACUUCUAGCAGCACCACCACCCGCGCGGGCGAAAUUCCUCCUAGCCACGACCCCUGCAAACAGCAGCGACGUAAUCCGUAGCGCGUACCCGCUAGGCAACGGACGUCUAGGCUUUCUCGCGCACGGCGCUCCGUUCGUGGAGGUCCUGACGCUGAACGUCGACAGCCUGUGGUCUGGCGGGCUGUUCGAAGUAGCGAACUACACGGGCGGCAACCCCAGCGCGUCUGUCGCGGGGAGUCUGGAGGGAGGCAGGAGCUGGGUGUUUGAGAAUGGGACGGGGAAUGUGACGGGGCUAUUGGGGGAUGAUCGGUUUUAUGGUUCGUAUCGCGUGCUAGGGAAUCUUAGUAUUUCUGUUCCCGAGCAGCAAAGGGGUGGAAAGACGGAGGCCGCGGGGUAUAGGAGGAUGCUGGAUCUGGCGAGUGGUGUGCUUACGACGACAUUCUCGGCGGAUGGGAGGGAUGUUGAGACAAGUGCGUUUUGUUCGUACCCAGAUCAGGUAUGUGUGUAUGCGAUUCGGUCGGAGGCGCUGCCUGCGCUGGAGAUACGCCUCGGGAAUGAGCUCGUAGGGUCGAUGUUGCAGAAUGUUACGUGUUUUGAUGGGAACGGUUAUGGCAAUGAGACGGCACAUGUGCGCUUGCGAGGGGUGACGCAGCUUGGUCCGCCGGAGGGUAUGCGGUACGAUGCGAUUGCUCGUAUCGUGUCGGGUUCGAGCGUUCAGACGUCCUGCACAAACAGCACUGGGACUUUGAACAUCGUGCCUGGCAACGGGACGACGAGUAUCGCAAUCGUGGUUGGCGCGGGCACGAACUACGAUGCGAAGAAAGGCACAGCAGAGUUUGGGUACUCAUUCCGAGGCGAAGAUCCAGGACCGGCAGUUGAAGCCAACACACGAGCUGCAGCUGCGAAGACGCUCGAAAACCUACUUAAAAGUCACAUCGAAGACUUUUUGUCUCUCACUGGCUGCUUUUCGCUCUCUCUCCCCGACCCCUUGAACUCUGCAGAGACACCGACAUCCGAGCUCAUCGCGCGCUACAACGCCAAGGACACCACAGGCGACCCGUAUCUCGAGAACCUCCUCUUUGACUACGCGAACUACCUCUUCAUAUCGGCAUCCCGGCCAGGCUCGCUCCCGCCCAAUCUCCAGGGACGCUGGAGUGAAGGCCUAGGCGCUGCGUGGUCGGGCGACUACCACGCGAACAUCAACCUGCAGAUGAACCACUGGACCGCCGACCAGACAGGCUUGACAGACUUGCAGUCACCACUGUGGAACUACAUGGCUGACAACUGGGUCCCACGCGGUCAGGAGACAGCGAGGCUGCUAUACGGCGCGCCGGGCUGGGUUGUGCACAACGAGAUGAACAUCUUCGGACACACUGGCAUGAAGAGCGGAGCCUCGUGGGCGAACUAUGCGGCCGCAGCUGCGUGGAUGAUGCAGCACGUCUUCGAUCACUGGGAGUAUUCGCAAGAUGCAGUUUGGUUGCAGAAACAGGGCUACCCGAUGCUGAAAGGUGUUGCUGAGUUCUGGCUGAGCCAGUUGCAAGUCGACGAAUUUUCCAAAGAUGGAUCGCUCGUUGUGAACCCGUGCAAUAGCCCUGAACAUGGUCCAACCACGUUUGGUUGCGCCCACUUCCAGCAGCUGGUGUAUCAGGUGUUCGAAGCUGUGCUAUCUGUGGAAACUGCGGGCGGCGAGGCAGACGGAGAGUUCGUGACGAACGUAACAAGCUCGCUCGCUAGGCUGGAUAAAGGCUUCCACAUCGGCGAUUGGGGGCAGAUCAAAGAGUGGAAGUUGCCCGACUCAUUCGGAUACGACUUCACCAACGAUACGCAUCGCCAUCUAUCUGAGCUGGUCGGCUGGUAUCCCGGCUACAGUCUGUCGUCAUUCAUGGGCGGCUACAGCAACUCCACCAUCCAAGAUGCCGUAGCGCAGAAGCUGUACAGUCGCGGCGAGGGCAAUGCAGAAGAUGCAAACGCAGGCUGGGCGAAGGUCUGGCGAUCAGCCUGCUGGGCCAGGUUGAACAACACCGAGCGAGCCCACUUCGAGCUGCGAUACGCUAUCGACACGAACUUUGCCGACAAUGGCUUCUCCAUGUAUUCUGGAACCAACACGCCCUUCCAAAUCGAUGCAAAUUACGGAAUCGGUGGUGCGGUGCUGAGCAUGCUCAUCGUUGAUCUGCCAACGGCUUUUAGAGACAACAGCACGCGAACAGUGAUCCUGGGUCCAGCAAUCCCUGCAGCCUGGGGCGGGGGAGACGUAAAGGGAUUGGCGUUAAGGGGAGGCGGUUUUGUCGAUUUCGAAUGGAAUGACGAAGGCACAGUGACGAAGGCUGAAUUGAAAAAUCGCAGCACCUCGUUGCGCAUCGUGAACAAAGAUGGUUUGUUGCUGGCAGAAGUUUGA